AUGGGAUCGAUGGGGCCCGAAUGGGGCAUCCUGGAGGACCUGGCCGUGAACAAUACGGACGAUUUCGACGAUAUUCUCGACCUGAUCGAAGACAAGCCCAUCGACGGCCUCCAGAGCGGUCUCUUUGAGGGCAACAACGCGGGCUACGGCGCAGGCCUCGGCGACCUGUCGACCGCGAUGUCGCUCGACGCCCUCCCGCAAGCCGGCAGCAUGCCGUUCGCUGGCACGCAAGCGCCUCUGGGGGUGCCGGUCCCUGCGGGCCUGAACGUGCCGUUCGCGGCCCCGCAGGCCCCGGACGCAGGGACCACGCGGCAGCCUCUCAGCAGCGGGGACGGAGACCACUCCGCGCAGCCCACGCGCGCCUCACGGGCCACUAGGAGGUCUGCGCGUGGCGCUCUACAAGGCGUCCAAGACGACCGCGCGAGCGAGGAGCACGCCGCGGGGGACUCGUCGGGCUCGAUACCAACAGACCCAAUUGAGCAGCAGGCCCCUCGUGCGGGUCGCGGCGGGCGGAGAAGCACCGGGAAGGACGCGGCCAAGGACGGGGACGACGGAGCGAGCGCCAAGAAGGGCGGCAAGCGCUACGCCACGCUCGCCUCGCGCAUCGCGAACCGCGAGGCCCAGGCGCGCUACAAGCAGCGCCAGAAGAACAAGAUGUCCCAGAUGGAGUCCGCCGUGCAGGAGCUCACGAGCAAGGUCAAGCAGCUCGAGGCCAUGGAGGCCCAGAUGGCGGCCUGGCAGCAGGAGAAACGUUCUAUGCAGCAGGCGGUGGCUCUCAAGGAGGCGGAAGUGUCGCGCCUCGAGAUGGAGGCCGCGGUCCUGCGGUCCGGCAACUGGGCCGAGACGCCCGCGGAGAUCGUCGACGUCGUCCAGGACCUCGCGAAGGACCUGGAGCACAUGGGUCGCGACGAGCGCGCGGGCCCGGAGAGCGCCGCGGAGGGCGGGCACGACAUGUCCGCCGAGGUCAUCGCGCUCACGAACGCCGCGUGCAGCCGCGCCGCCGCCGCGUCCGCCGCCGCGCACCCGGGCUCGGCCAGCGCGCCGGAAGCCUGCGCGCCCAAGGGCCUGAAGCUCAGUCGGCUCUACGUGGUGCAGAUGGACGAGUUCCGGCACUUCUUCGAGAGCUCCGGGCUCGCGGCGCGCGAGGACGUGAACGCGGAGGUCGCGGGCGCGGACGGCGAGUCGCUCGUGCGGCGGGUGCGCAACCUGGCCACGACGUCCAUGUACGUCGUGCGGGCGUCGGUGUGCCUGGCGGACCAGGGCUUCGACCUGCGCGAGGUCGUGCCGACGAUGCCGCCGGACGAGGCGAAGAAGCUUUGGGCGGCGGUGGCCGCGUCGCUGGCGCUGGACGCCGACCAGCGGGCGCGCGUGGUCGACAUGCGCGACCGCUUCCGCCGGCGCGCGCAGGAGCUGAUGCUCGCGCGGCAGGAGCUGUCGAUGCAGGCGAUCCGGUCGCUCGCCGGCCCCGACAUGCUUGCCAGCAAGGUCUUCGUCGAACGGCAGGCGCUGUGCGGCGAGCUGCACAUCAACCUCGAGCAGCUCAAGCGGCUGAACCAGGACGAGAAGCGCGCGAGCGCCGAGCUGAUGUUCGUCACGUACCGGAAGAUCCUCCGGCCGCUGCAGACCGGGAAGCUGCUCUACGCCGCUGGGCGGCAGAGCCUCGACGCGCUGUCGUUCGCGGACGCCGUCGCGGACCUGAAGGCGUGA